GUCAUUCAACGAUUGGACACUGUUAAGGAUGUUUAGCCCCAUCUCAUAUCCCUACAACUCUGUUUCUUCUUAUUAUUAUGGAGAUAUGUAUAAUAUACAACCGACGGAACUUGUUCAAGAGGAGCCCUUGGAUCUGAGUAUUAAGAAAAGUAAUUCAGCUGUAGAAUUACACGAAGAAGAGGAGAUAAUCGAUGUUGUUGGAGAAGGAAAUGAUAUUACCGAAGAGGAGGAGGACGAAAGAAGCGACCAGUCGUUCUCGGUGUCGCCAAGAUCUUUAGAGCUCAGUCAUUCACCUCCAGACAUUGGACGAAGUAACAAUUCGAUAACUUAUUCUCCUCCAACAAUCGGUAACGUUAAUAACAACAACUACCAUGGAAAAGAACUACAUAACGGUCACCACCACCAACAUCAACACUCUUCAACUUUAUCUCGAAGGAGACAGUUACCGAGUUAUUCCAACGUUAUUGCUGAAAUACUCAUGUCGUCUCGUGACCCGCUUCCACUGUCUGCCAUCUACAAGAUUUUCGUAGAAAAACAGCCAAAGUUUCUCAACGUCCUUGAACCUCAUGGUCUAAAGGCUAAUGUUAGAAGGGAAUUAUGCGUCAAUGCAGGAUUUAUCAAAGUCGGUAAAGCAGCAAACGCCAAAGGAGCUUUAUGGACUGUUCAUCCUGUGGCCAGACAAUUAUUUAAUCGUGGAGUUUUUUCCAAGACCCUUGUAAAUAGGACUCUAAAUAGUCCUUAUCUUUAA